UCACUUCCUUAAAUUCUCUCAGAUGUGACUGUGGCAGCACAACAGCUACUGAUAUUUUUAUUACACUGCUUCAAAAUGGGGAAAAUUGCUAAGGAGGUGUCGGGCCAGACUCUGUGCUUAAUCGGGUUGAUCGGCUUGUGCCUGACGUGUGGCUUACCGUUGUGGCGUACAACCUACUUCAUCGGCGCCAACAUUGUGACAGGCCAGAUCGUCUGGGACGGGCUGUGGAUGAACUGUGUAAUGCAGAGUACGGGCCAGAUGCAGUGCAAGAUCCAGUCGUCCAUCAUGAGUUUGACACAGGACCUACAGGCCGCGCGGGCCCUCAUUGUCAUUGCCAUUUUGAUCGCUUUUGCUGGCGUACUCAUGACAUUUAUUGGUGGAAGAUGCACCAGCUGUUUGAAGAAUGAGUCCUCAAUGGCCAAAGUGGUCAUUUUUGGAGGUAUCCUGUGUAUUGUGGCUGCUGCUGUAUGCCUUAUUCCUGUCUCCUGGUCUGCGGCAUUCACGAUCACAGAUUAUGAUAACGUUCUCGUACCUACGUCACAGAAAAGGGAGAUCGAAACUAAAAUGGUGUCCAUGUGCCGUCAGAUGCUGGGCUUUGGCCUGGGAAUUGUUGGAUUCUUGGGAACAAUCAUUGUUUGCGCCCUUCCCAUGUGGAGGGUAACAGCUUUCAUCGGAGCCAACAUCGUGACAGCGCAGAUCAUUUGGGAAGGCUUGUGGAUGACCUGUGUCAUGCAGAGCACAGGCCAGAUGCAGUGUAAGAUCUACGACUCCAUGCUGGCACUUCCCCAGGAUCUGCAGGCCGCCCGAGCUCUGAUCAUCAUCUCCAUCAUUGUCUGCCUGUUCGCCAUGAUCCUGGGAAUCUCUGGAGGCAAGUGCACCAACUUUGUUGAGACGGAGACUACAAAGAUCAAGGUUGCCAUAGCCAGUGGUGUCACUUUCAUCAUUGCUGGAGUCCUGUGCCUCAUCCCAGUCUGCUGGUCCACCAACACCAUUGUCCAGGACUUCUACAACCCCAUUCUCACCAGUGCUCAGAAGAGGGAGCUGGGAGCUUCAAUCUACAUAGGCUUCGGUGCUGCCGCCCUUCUCAUUCUCGGUGGAGGUCUUCUCUGCAGUUCCUGUCCACCACAAGAGGAAAAGAAUUACAACAAUGGCUACAAGUACUCCCAGCCACGGUCUGUUGCCACCAGCAAAGCCUACGUAUGAGCAUCGAAUCACUGGACAAAGACUUCUUUUCUCUUUCCCCAAUAAUGUUAUGCUCAUCCCACUUUCUUCUUGUUCUACUGGAGAACUGUGAAAGAGGAGCAAAGACAGACAUUGGCUGUUUCCUGUGAACAGAUGUGUGACUGUUCAGCGGUGUAGCUUAGAUUAUAAAACCUGUAUUUAUAAUAUUCAAGAGGAUCAUUUUAAAACAGAUCCUGAAGUCAAAAGAUGUAAGGAUUACAGAACGUGAUCAAGUUGAGAAGUUUGACAUAAACUUGUAAUGUAAUAGGAUCUGAACAAAUACUAUACUUCCACCAGUAACACUGAAAAAUACUGUAUUUUAUUGUCAUUGUUUGAUCAUGUAAUAAUUGUUGAUCAACAAAUCUGUCAUUGUAUAUUAUUUUGCACAUUAAAACUGUUGUACCACUA